GGCCAGCUCUCGCUAGCGAUCGACCGAGGCUAGGCGCUAGUAUAGCUAGGCAGGCAGAUAUGUACUAGCUGGCAUGGCACUGCCCUGUUGCAUGCUGGCUGUUGCUUUUGAAGUUCUAUAGAAUGUUGUCAUAAUCAUGGUGGCUUUCGACAAAGUUACGUUAGAUGACUGAGGUCAAAGAAAUACACUUAAGUCUAAUUAGGCUAGACUAUACUCUUCAGAAUGGAUCGUGAACCUGGUCAUCUCCCAUUUGCUGUGAAGGAGAAAGUCUCCUCUCUUGUAUGGAUCAAGGUGGUUGCUGCUGGAAAUGCUGGUGUGGGUAAAACAUGUAUCAUCAAGCAUUUCUGUGAAGAUAAGUUUUCUCAUGGUUACCAGCCAACAGUUGGAGUUGACUAUGGCUUUAAAAUACAGAAUAUAUCUAAUGUUGAUUUAAGAGUUCAUCUUUGGGAUUUAUCUGGCCAUCCUGAUUACCAAGAAGUACGGAAUGAAUUAUUCAGUGAUACUCAGGCGUGUUUCUUGGUGUUUGAUGUGACAAACAGACAUUCCUUUGACAACCUAGAAUUCUGGUUGAAAGAAUUGAACCGCUACUGCACAUCUCCAAGUCAUGUUGUUGUGGUAGCUAACAAGAUUGAUAUUAAAGCAAAGCGUGUUGUCCAGUCAGAUGAAGCAAUGCGAUGGGCAAACGGUAAAAAAGUCAAAUACUAUGAGACUUCAGCAUUCAGUGGAGAAGGAAUCACCCAAAUGUUCACCGAUAUUCUCAAAGAAGUGAUGACAAAAUCUAGCCUUGGGAGAAGGUGACACAAUCAUAUGGUAUCUGAUUUCUUUUUACAACUACUUCAUAUUUGCAACAAAAUCAUGCAAUAAUUUUGAUACCUUGAUAUUUCUUUAUAGUUAUUUUAUAAUUGUUUGUUGGAAAUGAGUGGAACAUGCCAAUUGGUUCCUUUGAAGUCUCCCCUCAAAAGAAGUGUAUGUUGAAGUAAUGGGGGAUUAUGUUGAUCAUUACAUAGAAGUUAAUGGCUAUAGUACAAAGUUGAUAUCCCGAUGCCUGAAUUUGAAUAUAUUUUUGUUACAUAAAUCUAAGUCUUUCAACAAAAUGUGUAAUAGGUAUGCCUUUAUUUUUUAUUUUUUGGUUAUAAUGCAUCACAGUCAACAAGUAGCAUGAUCGCUGAAAUACUGUGAUUAACAAUACACUGUUGAGAUUCUUUUGAUAAAUUAAGCUUUUUUUAAAUUAAUUACACAAUCAUUUCUAAAUUUAAUAACAUUUGUACCUUAUUGGUGUACCUUCAUAUGUGGCCAACUCAGUUAUAUGGAUUGGUAUCAUUCAACAAUGGGGCCAAAAUUAAUUGAGAUCAGGGCCCUGUAACUCAAAGAUUAGCGAUUAAUCGCUAAAUAAAAUGACCAAUCAAGAUCAUCAUUGCAUGCGCAUUUUGCUCAGUACACUGGCUAGGAACCAAUCAGAAUUGUUCUCUCAAAUAAGCGAUUAAUCGUUGACCUUUGUGUUAAGUAGCCCUGAUUGUAUAUGUUGUUUACCAAUUAACCAGGAAGUCCAUCAUAGUGUUGAAUUCAAUUUGACAAAAGCAACUGGUUGUAAGGAGUCUUCCCAUUGUGUGACUCUCUACUUGAAAGUAGAGGGCGGAUGUGUUUGAAUUCCGCUGUGGCACUGUCCUUCAACAAUAUAUAUAUAUAUAUAUAUGCCAAUCUACUGUUUGCCUUGCUCCAUCCAAGUUUUAAAUGGGUACCCAGUAGGAUCCAAAAAAUAAGUAUAGUUUGCUUGGCAAUAUGAGCUAGGUACCGGUUGAGGGAAUGCUCCUUAGGGAGUGGGGAAUAUCCAUAGGUCGUGUACACGACUGGGCAACAUAAACACAGUUUGAAGGAUGUGCAUAGGUCCUAGGACCGAUUCCUAUGCCAUAGGAAUCGGUAUACACAGUUGUCAGUUGGUUUGGGUCGCUUGCCCCAUUGCAAAUCUCGCGGAUCUAACUACUUCCUCGGUUUAAGCCCUAUGCUGAAGUGAGGACACAUUUUAUUUAAAUGUGUAAGGCCUCGCUUUGCCAUGGUAACAGAAUAUAUGGUGAUUAAUAGCAAAAAUCUGGUAGAGCAAACUAUUUUCUUAGUUUCCACCCAAUCAUAAGACAGGGCACACACAGAGUAAAUGAGAAAGCCACAUUUUUUAAUGGGUCCAUUACUGCAUUUUCAUAAUAAAACAUGUUAUGUACAGGUAUGUUCAUCACUUGAGGCUGUCUUGAUAGGAAAGGGGUGUUACCUUCACUGAUAUUUCUGAUUAAUAUUAUUGAUUAUAAAAGCAAGGGAUUAUUAAUUAUGAAAAAAAAAUCAUUUUUGAAUACCGGUAAGAAUGAAAACAGAAAAUUUUAGAUGCACUCGCACAGAAUCUGUCUACUCUGUGACAUAUCAUGCAACAUCUCCCAUAGUUAUGCAGUACAUGUAUAUCAGAAUAAUAUGAUUGGUAAUUUUCUACAUUUCCUUUACAAAAUAAUAGUAACUUGUCAUAGAUUUUCAAAAAAAUAUAGUUUACAGAGGAGUAAACAUAGGGAAAACAAGUAUUUAAAAGAAAAGAAACAUUUUCUUGAACAUAACACUAUGUACGACUUAUAACCUCAUUAUUUUUUAGCGAAUUGUGUGAUGAAGGUUGCAUAAGACAUCUAUGCAUUUUUAUUUGUAAUGAGUGAUUAAAAUUUGUUAUAUCAAACAUAUUUCUGUUAUGUCUACCACACAGGUUCAUAUAUAUGAUCCCUAAAUUGUUCAAUUAACAAUUUGUGUCUUACCAUUAGUUUUCUUUGAGAUAAGAAUUGCUGUUAAUGCGAUGAACAGUGUAAUGUAUUUUAAUUAAUUUUACCCAUAUAUAUUUAUCAGUUGAAAGUUGAGACCUACAUGUACAUAUUAUUUAGGGAAUAAUAAUCUUGAAUAAUGAUGAAUGUCAAAUGUUAAGGCGCAUUUAAUAUUCUUCCAAAAUGAUACAUGUGUUUAUAGACAUGUAGCUUUUAUUUGAACAUUCUCUCUGAUGCAAGCAGCAGACGUUAUACUUUAUAAAUAUUUAAGUUCAGGCAGGAUACAUGUACAUACCUGUCUCCCUCAAUGGACCUACAUGUAGCUGAUAACUGAUCUUUCCAAUAUCAGAAUUUCAAAGUGAUAUCCACCCUAAUAUCAACAUGGUUUUGAUUUUUUAUAAAAAAAAACAUACACAUGAGAGAAACAUCUAUGAAGGUUCAGCAAAAGUUCAUCAAAAGUAAAUUAAUAAAUGAAUACAUAGUUAUAAAUUUUCAGUUCUAACUUUGUUACAUAAUUUGCAAGGCUGCAAGCUUCUCUCCUUGCUGUCAAUUGUAUUUUUAUUUCUUUUCAUGAUCGAUGUAUAGAUAUUUGAAUGAUAAAACAUUUAAGACUUCUGAUUUGGGAAAAAAGGAAUUUUUAUUGCACAUUGCACAACAUAUAUUGAAAAGAAGUUAACCAGUGGAUAAGCAGCCUAAAGAUUUUAAAAUCAUAAGCUUUUGAUGACUGCCAAAUUUUCAUUGGUAUGCUUUUCUAUUGUUUUGCUUUCAUUAGAUAUUUACAACAUCUAUGUCAAUGUCAACAUCCCAUUUGAUAUAAUUGUAAAUACUCUUCACUGUU